AUGUCGGCAGCUCAGUCGGCGCCUCAUGUCCUUAUAAUUGGCGGAGGUUUGGGUGGCUUGGCUCUUGCUCAGAUAUUGAGGAAACAAGGUAUCUCGUUUGAAGUUUUCGAACGGGAUUUAAAUAAGGAGGCUCGCCCAACUGGAUGGGCUAUUGGAUUGCAUAGUAUUAUUGACGAACUAGAGUCCGCUGUUCCCAAUGAUCUUCCUCCUCUCGAGCCCUUUGUGAACCAUCUGCAACCACUCACGCUGCCUGCUCAGUUGGUUUUUUAUACCUCUCCAAAUCUCGCAGAGCGUUUCGGUGUCGAAAAUAGUCCAUCGACCAGGAUUGUCCGAGCAAAUCGCCGCCGUCUUCGUGAUUGGCUAAGAAUAAAUAUCCCUAUUUACUAUAACAAGAAGCUGGUUCGGGUUGACGAGACGGAGGCUGGCGUCACAGCUCACUUCGAGGAUGGAAUAAGUGCUACAGGCGACAUCCUUAUAGGGGCUGACGGGAUACGAAGUGUCGUUCGCCAAUGCCUCCUUCAUGGCGAAGAUAUAAUUAAAGUGGCCCCAGUCGGAAAUAUCAUCGGCGAGCUUGUACUUUCCGACAAGGACAUGAUCGAACAGCUUCAGCUCGGUCACUCGGCAUGGAUCUGUAAUAUAAAUGUCGAUGACUUGAUCGGCGUCUUCGGCGGAGUCAAUGAAGUCCAUACGAGCGGAAAGUCAGGCGAUUAUUAUUGGUCGGUGGCUUGGCAAGAUGAUACUGUCCCAAUUCACAAGAGCGAUUACUGGACACAGACAGCUACAAAAGAAGAAUUACAUUCUUUUGCAGUUCAGAAGGUCCGCAGGCUACCGGACAAAUUGAGAAAGAUCAUUGAGCAGACACCAGUGGAUGGCAUGAAGCUCAAACCCAUUCUUUACUAUGAUGUGGAGCUCAAUAAAGGUCGAAUUCAGGUUGGACGAGUAAUGCUGCUUGGAGACGCAGCUCAUUCAAUGUAUCCUUUCCGAGGUGAGGGCGCGAUCCAUGCUCUAGUUGAUGCGAUGUCUAUUGGCCGCACGAUUUCGCAAAACCGAGGCUCGAUUGUUAACACACCUGACACACAACGAAUCCUGCAAGAUUGUCAGGAUGAAAUUCUGGAGCGUGGUGCUAAGGCCGUCAGGGCAAGUAGGGCAGUCUAUUUUCCGGAAAAGGAAAAGGUGACUUUUACGGGGCCUAGAAUGGCUUGGGGUCAUCCUUCACGUCCAAUUCCUGUCAAGACCAUCAGCGUGUAGAAUCACUGAAAGUCCUGUGGCUUCGUAAGCCACAUAUUUGAGUUUUCCAUGGCUAUACGAUUAUUCCCGAAGCAGCGUACAAGCUCACG